UUUCCCUUAGCCCUCAAACCCUCCAUUCUAUAAAUCCCCCACCCAUUAUCUUUCUCUUGCCUCUUCUCAACUUAUCGAUCGACCUUUGUCUCUUCCUUCUCCCUCUCUAAUCUUUGUUCAUAUCUCCAGUGGACCUACAUGCACAAGGAUCCUGAUCGAUCGAUCGAUCGAUCUGUGUUCGUUCUUCCCGUGUCUGAAGCAAUCUAGCUAGUCGAUUCUUUUGCUGCUGUUUAUGCGUAGCUAGCCUUACUAAGCUAAUUAUAUAUUUAAGGGAUAGCUAGAGAGAUUUGUCGCUGUUGUUGUUUCGUCGAUUGAUCGAUCAAGGAUGUGCACAAGGGGACACUGGAGGCCGUCGGAGGACGAGAGGCUCAAGGAGCUCGUCGCGCGGUACGGGCCGCACAACUGGAACGCCAUCGCCGAGAAGCUCCACGGCCGAUCAGGGAAGAGCUGCAGGCUGCGCUGGUUCAACCAGCUGGACCCGAGGAUCAACCGGAACCCCUUCACGGAGGAGGAGGAGGAGCUCCUCCUCGCGUCACACCGCGUCCACGGCAACCGCUGGGCCGUCAUCGCCAGGCUCUUCCCGGGCCGCACCGACAACGCCGUCAAGAACCACUGGCAUGUGAUCAUGGCGCGUCGCUGCAGGGAGCGGAUGAGGCUGUCGUCCAACAGGCGGGCCGGCACCGCCGCCGCAUCCGCGAAAGAAGAUACCAGUCUUACGGGCGCCGGCGCCGGCGAGAAGCCCAGACCUCGAGCUCCUGACACGAAUCGCAUGGCCGCCUUGCUCGACAAGUACCGUAGAGAAUUUGCUGGGCCCUUCGCGAUCAGCCCUCACAGCAGUAAGGAGGGUUACUGCUCAUCUACGAACGAAGAUACGAAUAGAUCGGUGGAGUUCUACGAUUUUCUCCAGGUGAACGUGAGCUCGAGCGACACCAAGUGCGGUUCGAGCAUCGAGGAGCAGGAGGAGAACCGGGACGACAAUGAUCAACAAGCUGAAGGGCAGGUGGCGCUCAUAGAUUUCAUGGAGGUUGGAACUUCUCACCAGUGAUUUAUCUGUAUAUGUAUCGAUGAAAUGGAUCGGUAUUUAACUAGGGGUGCAUCCAAAGCAGCUUGUUGUAAUGCUUUGUGAGGGGGCAUGCUACAUGAUGUAGCAAUCUAACACCAAUGACACUUAUAGAGGAAGCUAAGGCACGAAAUGCAAACGUACAUAUGACAUGUAGUACAUGUAAUUUAUUGAUGUACACAUACACAUAUAUAUUGUCCAUCCAUCCAUGCAUGGAGAAUUGGU